AACCUCCUUCAUUCUUCAGACACACACAGUUCUCUUCUUCCGGUAGCUACCAUUCACCCUCUCUCUCCUCUUUCUCUCUCUUCUUUCUCUCUCAUCGCCGUUCCCUCAGAUCUCACCUCCGGCACCGACCAUAACCGUUUCAACUUCCUACAGCAGCUACCUAAUCGGAGCCUCCACCACCGUUUUCCGCCGCGGAUCUAGCACCUGAGAUUCGAUGGCUUCGAGCACGAUUCGGAAGGCGAUUGGUGCGGUGAAGGACCAGACCAGCAUAGGGAUAGCCAAGGUGGCGAGCAACAUGGCGCCGGAGCUUGAGGUGGCGAUUGUGAAGGCGACGAGCCACGAUGAGGAUCCGGCGAGUGAGAAGUACGCGCGGGAGGUUUUGAAUUUGAUGUCAUACUCGCGCGGCUAUGUUCACGCGUGUGUGUCGGCGGUGUCUAAGAGAUUGGGGAAGACGAGGGACUGGAUCGUGGCUUUGAAGGCGCUGAUGUUGACUCACCGGUUGAUGAAUGAGGGUCCUCCGUUGUUCCAGGAGGAGAUCGUGUAUGCUACACGGAGGGGGACUAGGCUGCUUAAUAUGUCUGAUUUCAGGGAUGAGGCUCACUCCAGCUCUUGGGAUCACUCUGCUUUUGUCAGGACCUAUGCUUUGUAUCUGGAUCAGCGCCUCGAGAUGAUGCUUUUCGACAGGAAGAGUAGCCUUGGUGGAGCUGGUGCUGGUAGUGGUGGUAGUGGUGGUGGUGGUGGUGGUGGUGGAAGUUCUGCUGAUGAUAGGUUUGGUGGGAGAGACAAUUUCAGGUCGCCGCCUUAUGAGUAUGAAUCAGGAGGGUUUAGAGGGGAAAGCGGGUACGGGAAUAAUGGGAUGAGGAGGACGAGAUCGUUUGGGGAUAUGACUGAAACGGCGGGGCGCGAGGACAACAACAAGAAGGUUGUGACUCCCCUCAGGGAUAUGAAGCCAGAGAGGAUUUUUGCUAAGAUGGGUCAUUUGCAGAGGCUGUUGGACCGUUUCUUGGCUUGCAGGCCUACUGGGUUGGCUAAGAAUAGCAGGAUGAUUUUGAUUGCCCUGUAUCCGGUUGUUAAAGAGAGCUUUCAGUUGUAUGCUGAUAUAUGUGAUGCUUUGGCUGUGUUGCUUGACAAGUUCUUUGAUAUGGAGUACACGGAUUGCGUGAAGGCCUUUGAUGCUUAUGCAAGUGCGGCUAAGCAGAUUGAUGAGCUGGUUGCAUUCUAUAAUUGGUGCAAGGAUACGGGUGUGGGGAGGUCCUCGGAGUACCCUGAAGUUCAGAGGAUUACUGCUAAGUUGCUGGAGACAUUGGAGGAGUUUGUGAGGGAUAGGGCCAAGAGGCCGAAAAGUCCUGAGAGGAAAGAGGAACCAGUACUGCAGAUUGAACAGCCAGAAGAGGAGCCUGUACCGGAUAUGAACGAAAUCAAGGCACUGCCUCCACCUGAGAAUUAUACCCCGCCACCUCAACCUGAGCCAGAGCCUAAACCACAACCACAAGUUCAGGAGGACUUGGUGAAUCUGAGGGAGGAUGCAGUCACUGCAGAUGACCAGGGCAAUAGAUUUGCUUUGGCACUCUUUGCUGGUGCACCAGCUAAUGGAAAUGGAUCAUGGCAAGCCUUUCCCUCAAACGGACAGCCGGAAGUGACUUCAGCUUGGCAAAACCCAGCGGCAGAACCUGGGAAAGCCGAUUGGGAAUUGGCAUUGGUAGAGACUGCUAGCAAUUUGGCAAACCAGAAGGCAGCUUUAGGUGGUGGCCUUGAUCCCUUAUUGUUGAAUGGCAUGUAUGAUCAAGGAAUGGUGAGGCAGCAUGUCAGCACUGCCAAUCUGAGUGGAGGAAGUGCAAGUAGCGUGGCAUUGCCAGGACCGGGGAAGACCACAACACCUGUUUUAGCUCUUCCAGCCCCAGAUGGAUCGGUGCAGCCAGUUAAUCAGGAUCCAUUUGCAGCAUCAUUGACCAUUCCACCCCCUUCCUAUGUGCAAAUGGCUGAUAUGGAGAAGAAGCAGCACUUGCUCGUGCAGGAGCAACAGGUUUGGAAUCAGUAUGCGAGGGAUGGGAUGCAAGGCCAAUCUAGCUUGGCCAAAUUGAACGGUGCCGGAUACUAUCCUGGAGGUCCUAUGCCAAUGAUGCCUUAUGGGAUGCCCCCAGUCAAUGGAAUGGGACCUCCAACCGGGUAUUACCAAGCUCCUUACUGAUUUUGCCACAUACAUAUAGGUUGUUUCGUUUAUUUUCAUUUUUUACUAUGACAUAGUGUUUUUCCUUUGUUUGAAAUGGUGUCAUCUUAUUAUUCUUGAGACCUGCACAUCAGUAGGAUGGGGAUGCUAAGGAGACUGAGUUUAACGAAACAACUUCUUGUUGGGUUUUGGUGCUGGGAGAGAUGUGUAACUCAGUUGUAUUGUCUCUGUCUGUGUCUUUUGUAAUAGUAGCAUUUUCUUCUCCAUUUUGUAUUCAAGUGAUUCUUGUUCCUUGCAACAAACGCUUAACUACUGUAAAUUUCAUCAAAUGCUGGUACUGAGUACUGACAAUCUUGAUUGGUUACGCCGAUUGAUAA